AUGAGUCCACGAGUAUCCUUGAAACGGGUGGCGACCUUUUCUGCAGCUCAUCGCCUCUUCAACAAGAAUCUCACAGAGACUGAAAACAUUCAGCUCUACGGGAAAUGCGCAAACGCAAACGGCCACGGCCACAAUUACAAAAUUGAGGUGACCGUUCUCGGGGAGAUUAACCCCGUGACAGGAAUGGUGAUGAAUUUGCGGGACCUCAAACGCAUCAUUCAGACAGAGGUGCUUGACGUAGUCGACCACAAGCACUUGGAUUUGGAUGUGGGGUACUUUCGUGAGUCCGCGAUGGUGAGCACCGCGGAAAACAUCGUCGUUUUUAUCUGGAGGCGUCUGAGGCCAAAUAUUGACCCCGGUCUGGAUCUUGAGGUGACGCUACACGAAACUGAGAGCAACAUAUUCUGUUACCGUGGAAACUAA